AUGAAGGUAACAAUUGAAUUAAGCGGAGGAUUAGAUUUGUGCUUUGAUGGCCACAAAACCUUCGAAGUUGUUUUAGAAAACUAAGAAAAUAUUAAGAUGGGAGAUCUCAUUACAGUUAUUGCUAAAAAUUAUGUUAAGAAGAAACCAGAAUUCUUUGUUGGAGCUGACAAUUAAUUACGUGCUGGAAUUUUAGUUUUAAUUAAUGAUGCUGAUUGGGAACUUGAAGGCAAAGAUGAAGCAAAUGUUGAGAAUAAAGAUAGAAUUAGUUUCAUUUCUACUCUUCACGGUGGUUGA